AUGGCUGAACGAAAGAAGCCUCCAGUAGACAAGCUAGAUAAGGAAGAGCUCAAGAAGGCCUUCGACAUCUCCCAUUUCGAUCUCAAUGCCAUCUUACGCGGUAUACAGUUAACCCUUGUUGGUGCUCACCGUGCCUUACAAAACCCCGCCAUAUUCACAAAUGCCCAUUAUAAGCAAGCUGCCAUAGCCGUUGGUGCCGGCAUCGCUAUUCGUGUAGCUAUUGCCAUUCCUAUAAUCGGAAUCAAGCUACUUCUGGCUUUCCUGUCUCUAAUCUUUGAUCUCGACAAAGCCACGUGGGAUGAUACGUUGGUGAAUGGGCUCGACUUAAUAGCCAACCAUGUCCUACAAAUUCCUCUAUUUCUCCUAACCCUCAUGAGAUACAUGACUCCUACACUAGACAACCUGUUCAUGGAUUCGUUGCGAUGGGUUGACAUGACCUACGUCCAAAAGCAUAAGAAUGAGGAUCCCAAUACGCUUCGGGAUAUGUACUAUCCAAACCUACGCCAGUACAAGCAGACGGAUGGAAGUACGCACUCGACAAGUACUGCCGAGGCAAUCAGCAUGUUCUUGUGGCGGUUUGCUCGCAAAGCCUUGAUUUCCCUCGCGGUAUUCGCCUUGUCCUAUGUCCCUUAUGUUGGCCGCUUCGUACUCCCAGCAGCCAGUUUCUACACGUUCAAUAAGGCAGUGGGCCUAGGCCCUGCCGCCGUCAUCUUCGGGACGGGGGUCUUUCUCCCUAAGCGAUACCUCGUCAUAUUCCUACAAACCUAUUUUGCAUCCCGUAGUCUGAUGCGAGAACUCCUGGAGCCGUACUUCGCGCGCAUUCACUUUUCCAAGGCGCAGAAGCGCAGUUGGUUCCGUAGCCGUGAAGGACUGCUGUUUGGCUUCGGUAUCGGCUUCUACACCCUCCUACGCGUUCCGCUACUUGGUGUUUUGAUAUACGGUAUCGCCGAGGCGUCCACAGCAUACCUCAUUACUAAGAUUACGGACCCCCCUCCGUCGCCGAAAGCUUCCGGCCCUGAGGUGGAAAACUUUUUAGAGAAUCAGCAGGUUUGGAGAAACAAACAUGAAUUCCUCAGCCGCCCGCUAGCGAACUUGGACGCUGUUCACGGCCAUCAGUCGACAUCAUAUGGUGAAGAAACUGCUAUCCGUACCGCCGGUAAGGUUAGUUUCGACAAACCGGCUUGGGAGCAGGUAAACAUUCAUAAUAGGUGGCAUCCUGACAUUCCAUCCAUCGGCUCUAUCAAAGAUGGAGAAACUGUGAAGAUUGAAUGUCUUGACUGGACUGGGGGCCAGAUUGGGAACAAUGAUAGUGCAGAUGACGUCCGUAACGUCGACCUUACCAAAGUUCAUUGCCUUACGGGCCCCUUUGAGGUCGAAGGGGCUCAGCCAGGAGAUAUCCUCCUGGUUGAAAUCAUGGAUAUUCAGCCAUUCCAAGACCAACCCUGGGGGUUCACCGGUGUUUUCCACAAGGAAAACGGCGGAGGGUUCCUGGACGAGAUAUAUCCCUCUGCCGCCAAAGCCAUUUGGGACUUUGAGGGCAUAUACGCUACUUCGCGUCAUAUCCCGCAUGUUAAAUUCGCAGGGCUGAUUCACCCCGGAAUUUUGGGAUGCGCGCCCUCGGCCGAGGUUCUAGCAACUUGGAACAAGCGCGAGGCCGAGCUGAUUUCGGCCAACAAGCUAGAUAGGGUCGUUGCCCUGCCGCCAGAGCCUAAAGGCGCGCACGCCGGCGCAGCCGAUGCAGCCUUGAAGGAGAGGAUUUUCCGGGAGGGCGCUAGAACGAUCCCAGGCAGAGGAGAGCAUGGCGGCAACUGUGAUAUAAAGAACCUAAGCCGAGGCUCCAAGGUCUACCUUCCAGUCCAUGUUCCAGGCGCCAAUUUUAGCGUAGGAGACCUGCACUUCUCUCAGGGCGAUGGCGAGAUUUCGUUCUGUGGGGCUAUCGAGAUGGCUGGCAUCAUCACGAUCAACUUCAAAGUCAUGAAGAACGGGAUAGCGGACUUGGGUCUUAAGUCACCAAUUUACAUUCCGGGGCCAGUAGAGCCACACUUCGGGCCGGGACGUUGCAUUUAUUUUGAAGGCUUCUCUGUAGAUGAGCAUGGCAAGCAGCAUUACAUGGAUGUAGCGGUGGCGUAUAGGCAGACUACUUUGCGCUGUAUCGAAUAUCUCAGGCGAUUCGGGUACAAUGAUUAUCAGAUCUACCUCUUGCUAUCGUCGGCACCAAUUCAGGGGCACGUGGCAGGUAUCGUCGACAUACCAAAUGCAUGUACGACCCUCGGAUUACCAGUGGAUAUUUUUGAUAUCGACAUCAUGCCCUCCGGACCGGCAAAGGGGCUAGAUAUGGGCAGCUGCGCGUUUGAAAGCGGCGUUGCCAAGGGUGAGAUUACAGCUGGGGGCAAGAAUAGCGAGCAUAGCUUCGGUGGUGGCUUAACAUACAAGAACAAGUAG